AGCUGGAGGAAGUGGCCGGGAGAGGGAAGUCUGGGCAUCUUUGCUUAGAUUACUGCCCCCGCGACCCGGUCCUGGAUAAGCGGAGGAAGAUGGAUAGAUGGGUUCUAUUUAGGUUGAUGGUAUUCGCACGUUAAGUGCAACUGAGACCAAAAACGGAAGGAAAUUGGAUGGAAACGGAUGGAAAGGCAAACUGCUGCAUCUCCAGCAUUCCUUUUUUAAUUGCUCACGCAGCAAAAGCACAAGUGAAAAGAUAAUUACAAGUUUCUCCACAUUUGACCCGACUCCCGGAGGAGCAGUGAGCUGCAGACACUCUGGAUCCUUCCUCCAGGUCCGUGCUGCCGCGAAGUUCGUGCUGGCCGUUACCUUUUUCAUUCAUUCACCGCACAAGAAAGCAAUGCAUCAGUGAUCAGCUUCACUUUAAUGUAAGACGCUGAAAUUGUCUUAUUUUUGCUCUGUUUACAAUGAUUUUGUAAACAGCUCCUACAGCUCUACGUCUCAUACCCAAAGCUAAUGCUAGCAUUAGCAUCAAUUAGAGCAAUUAGACCACGAGUAGCUGGGAUAGGCUCCAGCAGCCCAGUGACCCCGAAAGGGACCAAAUGGACAGAUCGCUGUUCUGUUGCAGGGCCACAAUCACACACCCACACACUCACGUUCACACCUAUAGGGACAAUUGAGAUAAUUAACCUAUGAAGCGUGUGUUUGGACGGUGGGAGGAAGUGAAAAGUGUCUAUUGAAGACUAUUUAUUUUGUUACCCAUAAUUCCCUCCUGGUCCCCUAAAUGUGUCCCUUAGGGGGAAAAGACUUGAUUCAAAAUGUAAAAGUAAUUUAAUAAAAUGAAAAUUUAAAACACACAAUGACAAAUUUCCUGUUAUUUUCAAAGAUCAGUCAGAAUUUGAUCACAUAUGUAAUAAAAAAUAUAUUAUAAGGGAAGUUAACAUUUUUGUGAUUAGAAGUAUUUUUUUAGAUCAUUUAUUUUCUGGAUAAAACAUUUCCUUUAGAUCAAAUUCAGUGCUUCAAUUUUUAUUAUUUUUAUUAUUUUGUUGACUAAAUUGUUUCAGUGUCCUUCAUCAGGAGGCGGAGCUAAAAUAUUUUAUAUUGGUGGGGGCUGGGGGCUCUGUGAGGGUGACACGUUAAUUUCGUGCUUUUUUAUUUCAAAUUGCCCUUUUUGCAAUAAUUAUAGAAGCUUGUAGUGAUGAUUUCUUGUUCUUUGUCAAUAAUAUUACUAAUGAAGGCAGGGGCGGGGCUACAGGGGGCUCCGCCCCGCCUUCAUCUAUAACUCCAACUUCUCCCUGACAGAUGCAAAACCAUCAGGGACAUGAGGCUGUGAUCCCACGGCCUCGUGGGAAUCUUCCCAAACUGUGUGCUGGCGUGAUUGCCGCCAUAACCACCGGCGGGGUCGUAUUUGCAUCUCCGGAGACGUUUCUUGCCUCGGCCGCCUUGGCGGUCGCCAUGGUGACUCUGGGGUCUCUCCUGCACGCCCUCUGUCUGCUGGUGGAGGAAGUGCUGCACCACAGAAACACCAGGUAUCGAGGUCGGGUGAGGCUCAUACCGUCAGCCUGCGGUCUGGGGGGGCGGGCUCUGCUGGCCGUGGGGGUGGGAGGCCUCCUGCUGCACCUCGGAGCCCAAUGCUGGGAGCUCCUUCUCCUGGCUCCUGUUUUCUACACGCUGCUCAAAGCUCUGGGAGUUCUGGGUCCGUCGGAGGUUGAGGUUUCAGAUAUCUGCGAGGAGAGGAAGAUGAACGUUGCCCACGGCCUGGCCUGGUCCUUUUACUUGGGCUACCUGAAACUGGUGCUGCCACGUCUGGAGGACUCCAUUGCAGAGUUUUGCGCCUCACACCCCACCAGCAGAGACCUCUGGGCUCGUGGCUCCAGGAAGCUCUUCAUCCUCAUUCCCCUAAACGGCAAGAUUUCCCACCAGCUGAAGGACGAGGACGAGCGGCUGCAGUUCUACGACAACCUUCCCAACUAUGAAAUGAACAUGGCGGGAAUUCGGGGACGCGUCUAUAAGCACAGUGUCUACAAAGUGCUGGACGAGGAUGGAAGGGCCCACGACUGCGUGGUGGAGUUUGCCACACCCGUGCUGACGCUCUAUAAGAUGUCUCAGGAGAGGAGCGCCGGCUUCGGGGAGUCCGAGCGCAGGCAGCAGGUUCUGCUUUUCUACAAAACCCUGCAGGACAUCCUGGAGGGAUCCUUGGAGUGUCGCAACCGUUACAGACUCAUCCUGCUGCUCGAUGAAACUGAAGAUGACCCUCACUUCCUGUCCAAAGCCAUCCUGAGACACUUGAAUCAACAAGAAAGGGAAGAGUUCUGCCUGAACCCAAUCCCUCAGCAGGAGACGAACUCGCCCGGGGCGCCCAUGAGCAGGAUGCCCACACUCAUGAUCAGCCUGGAGCCCCCUCAGCCUCUGAGAGACCCCGCUGAGGACAGUUAUGAGUAACAUCCACAGGAUGAUGGUGGGAUCUGCUGCCGCCUUAGUUAAAGACACUCAAACUCCCAUUAAAGAUACGCUCACAUCUUUUCUUGGAGUAUUUGUUUUUCCAUAUUUUCUACAGGAGCCAAAAAAUGCCUAAUGAAGAAUUAAAAAAAACACAUAGAAGUCACUCCGGAGUAGAAGUUCCACUUCUGGGAGAAAAGUACAACACUUCUGAACAAAUCCGCCAUGUCCGGCACAAAGCUGGUUUCACACCGAACGCCAUUCCCGUUUUCAUCUUUAUUUGAUAGUCAAUCCCAGCAAGAAGGGCCAAGGGGACCCCAGAUGGUUAAAAUGUGGGCCCCGAAUGGGUUUGUCUGAAGAUUCCAUGUGUUUUCCCACACAGAAUUACAUGGUCACUCAGUGGCCUGUCUCACUACGCUAGCCAGACGCCCGGUAGACGACCGAGCUGUCCACCUGGUGGCCUAGCAUCCCUGCGGCGCUAGCCGACAGUCUGGUGGACAGCACCGAGUGCCCUCUUAGGGCAAUGUGGGCAAACACAGGUGGGGCCACCAUGGAAACUGCGGACAAAUCCAUUCGGGGCCCAAAUUUUCUGCCCACUUUUUGACCAUCUGGGGCCCACUUGGCCUUGCUGGCUGGGUUUGCUUGUCCAAAAAUGCGUUCAUGAGCUCCUGUCGUGUGUGGGAGUACAAGUGACUGGCCGAAUCGCUUCCCUACCCCAACAUUUACCCUCCAACCGGAGAGAAAUGUAAAAAAGAAAUAGUGGCUGUGUCCCAAUUCCAGCCCUAAUACCUAACUACUAAAAAACGAUAAAGAGCGGGAAUGUGUAGUGCCCUGGAUUUUAAAGCAAUUCACCAUGCUCACUACUUUUUUAUUUCUUAUUGUUUAAACGGCGAAUAUGACGAUUUAUGAAUCCACUGUCUUCUGAAGAUAGAAACGUUGAUGGUUUAGUAAAACAAAUACAUUAAAAUACUGUUUUUGGCAAGAAUUGUUCCAAC